AUGGAUGAGAAGAGGAGUCGCAGCGCCAGCCAGACAGAGCCCUGCCCGGACCCCCGCGGCGCCGCAAUGCCAGGCCGCUUCCGCCAUGCCCUCCGCAUGGUCUUGUUUCUUGUUGUUCUUUCCGGCGUCCUCUACCACGUCUGGAACGGAGCGCCGCAUCUGAGCCGGCACGGCGUGGCUACUAGCCCAGUCUCUGGCGUCACCAAGGCGAAGGGGCUGGUCCCUCUAGAGGCGCACAUCAUAAGCAAGUGUCCGGACACGAGGGAUGCCCUCAGGCAACUCAUACUCCCUGCGAUGCAACGCGUUCACGACAAGGUCGACUUCAAGCUGAACUACAUCGGAACCCCGACGGCCAACGAUGGAGUCGAAUGCAAACACGGCCCCUCCGAGUGCCUCGGCAACAUCAUCGAGCUCUGCGCCCGCGAGCUGUACCCGGACCCCAAGAUCAACCUGGGCUUCAUCAUGUGCCUGACUAAGGACUACAAGCACAUUCCUGAGCGUGCUCUCAUCGAAGACUGCGCUCUCGAGCACGCCAUCGACUUCCAGUCUCUCAACGAGUGUGCCACGCGCGACGACGGCGCACACGGCCUGGAGCUGCUGCGCACGAGCGUCGAGCGCACUGCCGAGCCAGGCUGA